AUGAAAUACUUAUACCGUAAAACUGGAUGGGAAGAUUCAGACGACGAAAGUCUGACACUCAUGCCAGAUUUCCAUUCAUAUGGAAAUCAGGGGAUGAAGGAGUUCGAUCCAAACUACGAAAUUAAGUUUGAGUACGACCCCGACAUGGAAUUGCCGCCCCCUGUGGAUGAAGGCGAGAAGAGGAGCGAUGAAUCCGAGUUCAGCGAAGACGAGCCCAUCGACGAAGACACCAUGUUGCAGAUGAUGACCGACCUCGAAGAGGAACGAAGAAGAAACAACUAUGAAUUUGAUUAUUGGUAAGUAAUAUUUUCAUUCUACCGAUUAAUUUGAGAUUUAUUAUUUUUAAGUUUACAAUAAUUAUUUCUUCUAUUCCAGGGCGUCUAGAAACUGCGUCACAACUUCAAAAAGUUCAGCGUACUACUGGUACGUUAAAGCUUUUAAAGCCGAAGUGCCGCACUACGAAACGGUCCGGCCAAUUGGAGAAGAGUGGGAGCUUCUCAAACAUGCCGUGCUUCGGCCGUCAAGCUGCUGCAUCAAGAAGGCCGGUCAGCAAGUUCAAAAGCUGACCAAAAAGCACAAUCGUGUUUUCGAAUCAAUAAAUAAAAAAAUGGUCGACUUUUGUAAAGUGUAAGUUUCUUAUAACCUAUUUUACUGUUUUUCUAAUACCAGUUACCUAUUUAUUGAUUACUUUAUAGUCGUAACCUCAAAUAAAGACAACUUUUUUUAGAAAACUCCUGACCGACGACCGCAAAAAAGCCAACGAAGAGCUGCUGGAAGUACUGCGAAAAAAACUAUGCAACCAGUAUCCAGGAUGGAAACUGACCCCGUACGGAGGGUCACACAACGGAUUUGGUGGGCAGUGUUCGGACAUGGACUUAACCCUCCACACGAAGAGAAAGUAAGUGACACAAAAGCUUCAUAAGUCACAACUUUACAAAUAAUAUUUAAAAAACAUCGAACUUCCUUAAUAAUAUUUAUUUUUAGUGUCACGGAAAAACCAACUGUGACAGAAAUCGCCAAGGUAUUGGACACAGAAGAGUUCAGAUCUGUGUCUAAAAUGGAAGAACUAAAAAACAUUCCAAACACAGCUGUAAGUUUUAAAAUUUGUAAAGUUUUUUGCAAAACUUCCGACAUAGUAAUAAGUUUUGCUUUUUUCAGUUUCCAUUAGUAAAAAUGGCCUUCAAGAGAAGAAACGUAAUGAUGGAAGUGGAUUUGACCAUCAACAACAAGUUGGGUGUGGAAAACACAAAACUUCUACAAUUUUACUCACUGUAAGUUUAAAAAACCUAAUUAGUUAACAAUUUUGUAAAUCUUCUUACAAUGAAAAGUUUCAAUAAAAAACAAUACUUUACAUGUUCUGUUUUCAGAUUUGAUAGCCGGGUUGCACAGUUGCACACUGUGAUCAAAAGCUGGGCCAAACACCACGCAAUGCACGGCGGUAUACACUACCGCUUCAACACCUACACCCUGGUCAUACUGACCAUCAACUACCUGCAAAAAGGGGUCAGUCCAGCAAUUCUGCCUCACGUGGACCAUGUAGCCCUUGGACUAAGAAACAAGAAUGAGGCAGACAUGAAAGAAAUGGUUCAAGGAUACAAAUUAGGUAAGAUUUUAACUAAAAAACAAGAAAACGUUUGAAAAUGCAAUAUUUUUCCUUUUUAAUAAUAAAACAUACUCAUCUUUCCGUACUUUUAAGAACCAACAGCCUAACAUUGCCAGAACUUGUCAUUGGAUUCAUGACGUUCUACGCAAUGUACGACUUCAAUGAAUGGCAUGUGGACAUAACCAAGCCGUACCUAUGGAACCUAUUCGACAUCCAGGCUAAGUUCUUCCGUCCUCCAUUCGACAAAUUAAGCGUGAUAUGCCCAGUCGGAGGUGAAAGCCCAACCAGAAAAGUCUCCGACUUCUGCUACUACGACUUCAGGAAGCAGAUCAACGCUUUCAACAGCCUGGUUUGGGAAAGGUUAGCAGAAGAGAAGGAUGAAGAAAACUUCAUGGAAAAGUUCUUAGGUCUUUUAGGAAUUGAAUAG